GUGGUAAUCAGCUGUGAAUUCUAAUGAUUGUCAAAUUGUAAAUUCGUCAUUUCCAUUUAUUUAUAAAAAAAUAUUUUUUAAGACUAAGUGAACAGGAAAAACUUUUGUAACGGAUAUCAAAAACUAAUUUUGAGUUUGGUAAAUUAUUUCAAAACACUUCUUUCAUAACCAAGUUAAAAAUGCUUACGAGAAAACUACAACUUAAUAUAGUGAACUACUGCUUAAAAACGUUUCAGUCAGGAUAUGUCACCAAACCACCUAAGCCAGAGAUACCAACGAAUGUUAUAAAACAAAUCUAUUCAGCUAAUGAUCAACAAACUAAUGGCAUUGUUUAUGAUAGAAAACCAUUCAAAUUAGUAUUGGAAGAAGGUAAGACUUACCACUGGUGCCUUUGUGGGCGCUCCAAGUCACAGCCGUUAUGUGAUGGCACACAUAAAGAUGUUUAUCUCAAGAUAACCCAAAGACCAAUUAAAUUUCAAGUUGCAAAAACGAAAGAAUAUUGGCUGUGCAAUUGCAAACAGACUAAAAAUAGACCAUUUUGUGAUGGGACACAUAAACAGAAGGAAAUUCAAGAGGCAACAUCUAUCAGAUUGUAGAUAGUCCAUUAAAAUAAAAUAUAAUUAUAUUUAGUUCUAAUAGUCA